CACGCCCACCUGGGCCCAUUGUGGCGGAAACUGCCAGUGCUUCAGGGAACCCGGGCUGGCUAGACGCUGCAGUGGACCCCUCAGGAAAGCAGCAUGGAGCCUGGAGCACAGGUUCCUGGGUGGAGCUCCUCUGAUGAUGAGGGCCUUUCAGUCACCAGACAGCCAUCCUUGAGAACAGUCCAAAAGCACAGUAUCCCAGAGAAGCCCACCCCAAGCUGGCACGUGAGGCCACCAGGCACUGUCCUGGAUGGUGCCCAGCUGCCUACACAUUCUCCCCAAGAUAUGCUGUCUUCCCAGGAAGGGUCCAGCACCACAGCCACCCUCCAAAAGCAGCAGCUUUCUACCACACGUGCCUCAGAGGUGUCCAGUGGGCAGCUAGGACCCACCAUGGAUCCCUGGGCUUUUGAAGAAGAUCCACCCAUGCCAACUUCAGGCAGGAAGCAGCAACAACAGAGAAAGCCUCCCAAAACAAAGCGUCAGCCACAAAAUAGGGGAUUACCUCGAAUUCAGGACCCAGCUGUGAGGAGGAGACGAGACCUGAAGAAGCAGACAGCUGUGAAGGAGCGAGUGAGGCAGUGGGAAAUACGCCUGCUCAGGGACAUCCAGGAAGCCACCCAGCAUGAACUUACCAUCCAAGCAGAGUGAGAACCGAGCACCAGGACCAGACACGCAGGAACUCCACCCUCGGGCCAACAUCUUGCCUGUCUAUCCAUCUCUGAACACCAUGCCCUCCUCAGGUUUGCUCCAGGUCUGGUCUAGACCAGUAAACCUCCCUUUGUGUUUCCCUCAGGUCGGGUAGGAUCAAGUUACUGUUUUUCAGAUCCCAAUGUGGUUCUCUGAGUUGCCGAUGGAGAUGAGAGGUAGAGGGAGCGGGUGCCUGUUUCCUCUGGGGCUCUUAAUUUUCUGGCUGAUUUGUACUUGCUUUUUUCUGAGUUGCUGUUAGAAUGUGACCCUAUGCCUGUUAAUGGAAACUGGGUCUUUGAUUUCAUCAAGGGCAUCUUCCCAUCUCCUUGGAUCCUCUGCCCCAACCAACAGAUCCAUCAGAGGCCUCCUCUCUUCCUCUCUACUUGAUUCUGAAUUAUUUCCCAUUUCUCCCAGUCCUGCCCUCUGCAGCUCCACUUCCCUGACAGUCACACCAGCCAGAUAGGCUAAUUGUCAUUCACUGCCAGAACUUGUGCCUCCUGGGUGUCAGGGCUGUAGGGUCAGGGACAUGCCCCAGGCCCAGAGGAAACAGCAGCUGCUUAGGAAAUGACUCACAUGAAAAGGAAGGGCCCAAAUGUAAAUGAAGAUGUCACUGUGCCCCCACUAGAGUGUGGCUGUGGGGGGGACAUGACUGGUGUUUGCAGGUCCUCAGAGCUCAUCGUCUGCCACAACCAUGUUACAGGCCACUCAAGUUUUCUCUGCUCCAAUGACUCACAUAUUUGCUAUUAUUUACAACUACUAGAUACCUGUUAUGUACUUAUUGCAUGUAUGCUGCAGGUAUGUCCACGCGUGUAGACAGUGCUUUAGCUGUUUAUGAUGUUUUUGACAUAGUUUUUAUUUUAAA